UAAUGAUUAAGCAUCAAUCAAUGAAUCGAUGAAAAAAAAUGAUGAUGACUAACAACAAUAUCAUUAACAACAACAAUAAAAAUGUUCGUCGUUUUAGUUUUCAAGAUGAAAUUCGUAUUCAUAUUGAUUCAUGUCGUCUUCGUCUUCGACAGCCAACAAAAAUUAUUAUUAUGGAUAAUAAUAAUCAGCAACAAAAACAACAACAAACAAAUAUUGUUGGAUCGAAAAAAAAGACCUAUAAGGAUAAUAAUAAGGAUCGUAAUGGAUUUACAAACGAUCCGAAUGGCAAAUUACCAUUAACAUCAGCCUAUAAUCGUCGUAAAAGUUAUGAUCAAAUGAAUCAAUCAUUUUAUCUUCAUCCACGUCGUCGUUGUAGUCAAAUUCUAUCAACAACAACAACAACAUCGAUAAAUGAAUCAAAAUGUUCAACACCAACUAUUGUCGAAUCGAAUCGUAAACAAAGUAUUUCAAAUUCAACUUCGAAAAUUUUAUCGACAAAUUCUUUACAAUCAAAAAUACAAUCAAACGGUAACAAAAAAUCUACAGAAAAACUAAAACAAACAGCCAUUCCUACAAAUCAUCAAUCAUCAUCAUCAUGUCGAAUAAAUUCAAGAAGAAUUUCAUUACCACUUCCAUCUUCAUCAUCAACAUCGACAUCAUCGUUAUCAUCAAUGAAGAAAAAUUCAAAUCAAACAUUGAAUCGUUUAUCAACAUCCAAGAUAAUUCCGGAUUCAAAACAAUCAAACAAAUCAACAAUAGAAUCAAUCAAUAGAUGGCACCAAAAACGACAAAUGAGUAGACGAAAUUCAAAUCAAACAUCUACUUUGAAUAAUGCUACUACCACAACAACACCAUUGAUGACCAAAACAAAAAGGAUUGGUCAUCAUCAUCAUCAUGAUCGUUCGAUUGUUGUUGAUGAUGGUGGUGAAUCUGAAUUUUUGAUAGGUCAAGUAACCAAUAACGACAACAACAACAACAACAAAGAAGAAGAAGAAAAAGAAGAAAAACUGACACGAUUAACAACAACAACAAACCAGUCAACAAAAGAAGAAAAGAAGGUAGAAAAAGCUGGACAACAACAACAACAACAACAAAAUCCAGUUUUGAAUGAUUAUCAAAUUGAUUCUACAAUUUUACCAUCAUCCGUAUUAUCGUCAACAAAAGAACUGAUGUUUAACAAUGAAAAAAUAAUAUCCAAUAAUCGAAUCGAUAAUAAUGAUAAUGAUCGACACAUUUCUAAUAUAACAAAAUCAACAAUAAACAAUAUUGAUUUCAAACAUCAAUCAUUGUCAUCUUCAUUAUCAAUUGAAACAGAAAAAAUAUCUGGUAAUAAUUUUGUUGAAGAAACAACAAGUGUUUUAUUGAAUGAUAAUAAUAAAUAUUGCGACAAAUGUCGUUUAUGUAUUGAUCAUCAAAAACAUAUUGAUUCAUAUUGUUGCUGUUGCGUUAAAUCGAAUCAAAAUAUUUCAAAUUUAAAACAAAAUAAUUUUUCCCUACAAAAUUCUUCAAACAAAAAACGUUCUAUACAAAAAAUUAUUAUUCCUGAUGAUGAUGAUGAUGAUGAUGAUGAUGAUGAUCAACAAUCAAAACGACCAAAACAAUUAUUAUUAUUGAAACGAUCAUUAUCGGAAGGUGCAAUUCAACGUGAACAACUGAAUAAUUUUUUAAUGAAAAACGAUAUCAAAAAACAAACAAUUUUAACAACAACAAAAAAGGUUACAAAUGAUGAUGAUCGAUUUGAAGAAAAAAAUGUUGAAAAUUUUAAUUGUGAUGAUGAUGAAUCUAAUGAUGUUAUAAUUGAUAAACAAAAUUUUGAAGAAAAAAAUAUGCAACGAACAGCUACUAAACGCCAAUCAUUAACCAAUGAAUCAAAUGUUGGUUUAGGUGGUAAUAGCCUAAUUUUAUCGAAAUCUUCAGGAACCACCGGUUUAUCAAAUUCAUCGGCAACAAUUAAUUCAAAUAAUUCUCAUUCACCAUUGAUUGCACAACCAUAUAGAAAAGUUGUUGUACCUGAAGUAAAAACACCUGUUAUAUCAUGGGAAAAUUUAGAUAGAAUUAAUGGUAUUUGUUCACAAAAAUUGUCACAAAAUAAUCAUUCAAAUCAACAAUCAUGUUCAACACAUGAUCUAGCUAUUGAUCGUUCAAUAUCUUGUCCAGAUGGAAAUGUUUUACGUAAAGUUGCAUCGAUUACAGCCGAAUCAUUAGGAAUAAAAACUGGAAAUUUUCUAAACGAAUCAGAUUCUAUAAAUAAUAAUAAUAUUAAUAAUCUAUUUACGGGUCAACGACAAGAAUUUAAAUCAUUAUUAGCGGAUACAAAAUUUGAUCUAAAAAAUGUUGAAAAAUUUGAAGGUUCAAUAUUAUAUAAAUGGUAUUCAAGUUCAUUAUGGCCUUAUUUUCAAACACUAGUCGAUGAUAUGAAUAAUGAAAAUGAUAAUUUAAUUUUUCAACAAUUUCGUCAAUUACAACGUAAUAUUUCAUUAGAAAUUUGUACAUUUCUUCUUGUUAACAAUGUAAUUGAAUAUUGUUCAUCAUCAUCAUCCAAUGAUUCUGAUGAUCUGGUACAGCAACAACAAUCUCAAGAUAUUGAUAAUAAUUUAAAUUCCAAUGAUGAUUGCAUUUUUAAAAUGGAUCGUUUUUAUAAAUGGCGUAAAAAAUCUAACGCAUGGAAUGUCAGUCGAUCAUCAAUUGAUCAGAAUCAUUCUAUAAUCAAAAAACCAACCACUAAUGUUGUUGAUUCAUCUGUUCAAUGUGCAAUAUUACAGGCUUCAUCAACUAAAGAUGUAAUGACAAUGACUGAAAAUAAUGAUGAUAAUAAUGAAAAAAAUCCAAAAGAAAUCGAAGAAACUAUUUCGACACUGCCGAUACCACCGCCGCCUCCGCCACCACCUCCUCCACCUCCCGGGUUAUUAGGGCCUGUUAUUAAUGAAAAUAAAUCCACAUCAUCAGUUCCAUCGAUACCACCACCGCCUCCGCCGCCGCCACCACCUGGAUUAUUUGGAUCAACAAAUGCGGUGCCACCACCACCACCUCCUCCUCCACCGUCUGGAUCGAUUUGUGGACCCCCUCCUCCACCACCACCACCGCCUCCUGGCGCCAAGCAACAUCAAGGACCGCAAGCAUUUCCAGCACCACCAAAUGGUGGCUGGAAUGCCCUAUAUCAAACUUGUCGCAAGCCAGUCGUACAUCCAACAUUGCCGAUGAAGCCACUGUUUUGGCAACGAAUACAAAUGCCUGCAAAACAGCAGCAGCAACCACAAAUUGCCGAAAAUAAUUCAGAAGCGGUUUCUGAAGAGCAAACUGCAUCAUCGCCAACAACGACAACCGCAACUGCAAAAUGUUUUUGGGAAAAAAUUGAAGAAAAAGAAGAUCUAAUUUGUCCAGAAUUUUUGGAAACAUUUUCUCGAAAAAAUAAUCUAAAUACACUGAAGAAAAAUUCUCAUAAAAACAGUAAAGAUGAUUCGAAAACCGAUACGAUGGCAACAAAAGCAACACGCGAAGAUUUAAAAUCAUCGUCAACAACGACUCCAAAAAAAUCGAUGGAAACUGUACAGCUAUUGGAACAAAAACGUGCGCAUAAUGUAGGCAUUUUAAUGACAUCAUUAAAACUAAGUAUUUCGACAAUUGAAUCGGCAUUAUUGAAUUUUGAUAUAUCAGCUAUUGGUUCGGAUAAAUUACAACAAAUUCAUGAAGUUGCAGCAACACAAGAAGAAAUUCGUCUAAUUGAACGAUAUUUAGCACAAAAUCCUGGUGCAACAUUACGUAAAGCAGAAAAAUUUCUAUACGAUUUAUCUUGUAUACCACAAUUUAAUGAACGUGUUACAUGUAUGAUGUAUGAAAAUCGUUUUACCGAUCUAUUGGAUGGUAUUGAAAAUACUUUGUUAACAUUUAAAUCUACUUGUCAUCAAUUAACAUCAAAAAUUGAAAUACAAAAUAUUUUUGCCAUCAUUCUUACAUUAGGUAACUAUAUGAAUGGUGGUAAUCGUGAUCGUGGACAAGCUGAUGGUUUUGGUUUAGAAAUUCUAAGCAAAUUAAAAGAUGUUAAAGGAAAAGAUUCUGGUGUAAAUUUAUUAGAAUUUGUUGUAAAAAUGUAUAUAAAAAAAUAUCAUCCAAAUUUGGAUUCAAUCGAUAAAAUUGGUUUUCCAUUAGUUGAACCGGCUGAUAUUGAAAAAUGUUCAUUGGUUGUAUUUUCACAAAUUGAAGAAGAAUUAUGUGAAUUAGCUAAAAUGAUUAAAAAAACUGAAAAUCUAGUCGCAUCGGUUAUGGAUCGUGAUGAUUUGAUUACAACAACUUCAACAACAAUAACAACAACAACAACGAAUAAUAAUGUUGACGUUGAAAAUAAUGAUAAUAAUGAUAAUGUUAAAAUUUUACAAAAUGAUGAUGUAAAUAUGGAACAUAUAAAAAUAUUUAAAGAUAAAAUUGAUCGAGCUAAACAACGUAUGACUGAACAGGAAGAAAAUCUUAAAGAAUGUCGUAAAAUAUUUCGUGAUACAAUAAAAUUUUUUAUGUAUAAAACCAAAUCAAAAGAUGAAAAUGAAUGGGCAAAAGAAUUUUUUGCUCAUUGGGUACAAUUUACAAAUGAUUUUAAAUUAAUAUUUAAUCGUGAAUUACAUCGUUCAUUGAAACAAAAUAUAUUGAGUGCCCGUUCGAUUGUUCGUAAUAUGAUGAAUAAAAAUGAAAUUAAACCACGUAAACGUCGUCCAGGUGGCCUUAAAGAUUAUAUUCAAUCGAUACGAAAUAAAAAUCAAUCCUGAUCAGCAAAUUGGAAUCGGUGGAAUUGAUGGUUCCUAUAUAUUUUUUCAUUAUUCAUCUUUGGCCUUAAUAGAGAUGCAGAUUGUGCAAUUUG